GGAAGAUCCUGACUGAAGGCGAAACAUCAGCAGUGCAACGUGAAAGAGUGGAGGAGCGGAAGGAGCAACGGAAACUGCGAGUUCAAGUUGGAAGCAACAGAAAAGAGGGGACCCAAAUGCAGAAGGUGGGGAGGGAAUCCACUGCUGCUCAGGUUAAUGAGAAUGAAAUUCACACAGAGAAGUAUGAAUGUACUGUGUGUGGAAAGAGAUUCUCUUUUCGCUCAACGUUUGCUUCACAUCAAAGAGUGCACUCUGGUGAAAAACCAUAUAAAUGCUGGGAGUGUGGGAAAAGCUUUAGUCGGAAAGACAACCUUAUUGUGCAUCAAAGAACUCAUACAGGAGAGAAACCUUAUAAAUGCUGGGAGUGUGGAAAGAGCUUCAGACAGAGUAGUCAACUUACUUUGCAUCAAAGUAUUCAUACAGGGGAGAAACCUCAUAAAUGCUUUGAGUGCGGAAAGACCUUCUCCCGGAGUGGCUCCCUUAAUAAGCAUCAUACAACCCACACAGGGGAGAAACCGUAUGGAUGCUUAAAGCGUAGAAAGAGCUUCCAUCAGAGGAGCACUCUCACUAAGCAUAAAAGAACACAUGCAAGUGAAAAACGUUACAAAUGUUUGGACUGUGGCGAGAGCUUCAGGUACAAUGACUCCCUUACAAAGCAUCAAAGAAUUCAUACAGGGGAAAAACCUUAUGCGUGUUUGGAGUGUGGAAAGCGCUUCAGUCGCAGAGACUCCCUUACUUUGCAUGAAAGAAGUCACACAGGGGAGAAACCUUAUAAAUGUUUGGAAUGUGGAAAAAGCUUCAUUCGGAGUAGUCACCUCACUGUACAUAAAAUAACUCAUACCGGUGCGAAACCUUAUAAAUGUUUCGAGUGCGACAAGAGCUUUAGUCAUAGUGGUUCCCUAACUAAGCAUCAAAUAACUCAUACAAGGGGAAAACCAUAUAAAUGCUGUGAGUGUGGAAAAAGCUUCAGUAGGGAAAUAGGCCUUACUGUGCAUCAAAGAACUCAUACAGGGGAGCAACCUUAUAAAUGCUUUGAGUGCGGAAAGAGCUUCAAUUGGAGUAAAUCACUUUCUCAGCAUCAAAGAACUCAUACAGGGGACGAAUCUUAUGAAUGUUUGAAGUGUGGAAAGAUCUUUCAUCACAGUAGAUCCCUUAUUCGGCAUCAAAGAACUCAUAGGGAAACAUCUUAGAAGGGGUUGGAGUGGGGAAUGAUCUUCAAGCACAGGAAGCAAACCAAAGAUU